UUCAUGACGACCAUCAUCCAUUUUCUUUCUACUUAAGGCGCCUCUUUUCCAUUCAAAUUGGACUGACAUGGCUGUUUCCCUACUGGCUUGCAUGUAACUGGCGUUCGGGGGGAUUUCUGAUUCAGGCAAGAUGAACUCACGACGGCCUAUCAUCCUGCUUCAGAGCCCAAGCAGGGCUUCUACGGUCUAUCACCGACCACUACUCGGCGUCAAUCAAGUAUCACCAUUCCAGAGUCGACACUUUCUUGACUCUAUACUAUCCUCAGCUCUGGGCCCCUGCCCUCUACGUUCACUGUCACAUACGAAGCUUCUACCAUACUCACCUAGUGUGAUCUUCAAAGCUGUGUCGGAUGUGUCUGGCUACCCAACAUUUCUACCAUUCACCAUCUCAUCAAAUGUGACCUCGAGAGAUCCAGCAGGCUACCCAACCCGCGCCAGAUUAAAAGUCGGCUAUGCAAAAUUCGGAUUGGAGGAGGACUGGGACAGCAUCGUCCGCUGCGACCCCGAAAAGGGGCUUGUGGAGGCACGAAGCAGUGAAGAGAACAGCGAUGGUCUGUUUGAAGUCCUGAGCACGAAAUGGCAGAUCUCGCACUCGGACAGGGGAUCCCCAGACCAUGCGUCGGUGAAAUUGGAUGUCAAUGUCAAGUUCCGGAAUCCAGUUUAUGAUCAGAUGUUUGCCCAGGUUGAGGAAAAGGUUGCGAGCACAAUGAUCUCGGCGUUUGAGAAAAGAGUCGAAGAACUCAACAGAGGGCGGUAGCUUUCAGACACGAGAGCAAGCCCGUCUCGAGACCAUCACUUUAAAGCUCCGGGCCGAUGUCCAUCGUGAAUAUGCUUUCGUCGCCAGUCUCUGCUCAACUUGACCUGCUGUCCAGGAGCUAUAGGCAGUCCGCACCGUUAAACCCGAAGCACGUUCUGCUCCAUUCUCGGGCUGGUGGCUACUCCGAUGCUGAAGAACAUGUCUGGGAUGAUUUCCGUAUCCCUUGACGGCAAGGAUGCGGUGUGAAGCAAAAAGAUCUAGAUCAAGGAGAUCUCUAAGUCGGAUUUGGGAUAGCAGUCCUGACUAUUGUAUAUAUGUUCCAUUGAAGAACAAUGUCAACUCGCCUGAGUCCAAACACCGGUCUCAGCGUUUAAAAAUCAGGGAUCC